UCCUGAUUGGUCCGCUGUGCCUCGUGUCUGCGGAUGUGCCCGCAGAGUCACCUUGCUGCUGUAGCUGCUGCACCGGUCAGAGCAGGUGGACCGUCCGGAUCAGAGGACACAGGCAGCGGGGAUCGGACCAGGGCGAACAUGGCGGAGACAAAGCCCAAGACCUCUCCGAAGGCCAUCAAGUUCCUGUUCGGAGGCCUGGCCGGGAUGGGUGCCACAGUCUUUGUGCAGCCGCUGGACCUGGUGAAGAACCGGAUGCAGCUGAGCGGUCAGGGCACGAAGGCUCGAGAGUAUAAAACCAGCUUCCACGCUCUGUUCUCCAUCCUGAAGAACGAGGGCGUCGGAGGCAUCUACACCGGUUUGUCCGCAGGUUUUUUGCGCCCAGGGACGUACACGACACUCGUACUGGGAAUCUACACCGCCCUGUUUGAGAAGACCGGAGCUGAGGGCGACCACUCCCCAAACUUCUUCCUCAAGGCUGUGAUCGGUAUGACAGCUGGAGCUACAGGAGCGUUUGUCGGGACACCAGCAGAGGUUGCACUGAUCAGGAUGACGGCUGACGGACGUCUCCCUGUAGACCAGAGGAGAGGUUACACCAACGUCUUUAACGCUCUGGCUCGAAUCACCAGAGAAGAAGGAGUGACCACGCUGUGGAGGGGAUGUAUCCCCACCAUGGCUCGAGCUGUGGUGGUGAACGCAGCUCAGCUGGCCUCUUACUCUCAGUCCAAACAGGCGCUGCUAGACUCAGGAUACUUUGGGGACGAUAUCUUGUGUCAUUUCUGUGCCAGUAUGAUUAGCGGGCUGGUUACCACGGCAGCAUCGAUGCCCGUCGACAUCGUGAAGACCAGGAUUCAGAACAUGAAGAUGAUCGACGGGAAGCCGGAGUACAAGAACGGUUUGGAGGUGUUGAUGCGCGUGGUGCGCUCUGAAGGCUUCUUCUCGCUGUGGAAAGGUUUCACGCCGUACUACGCUCGCCUCGGCCCGCACACCGUCCUCACCUUCAUCUUCCUGGAACAGAUGAACCGCCUGUACAAGACCCACGUCCUGGACCGCUAACACACACACACACACACAGAAACACAUGGACUGCAGCACAAACCUCAUCGAUGUUCUCGCAACUUGAAUCUGGAGAAUUUAAAGGAGCAGUCCAACAAAUCCAAAACAGACGACUGUUCCUUUAAAUACUCUCACACACACACACACACUUGAAUUCUUUUGUAAAGAACGUGAAAUAAAAAAGUUGUUCAGACAUCAUUAGUGAUGUUUUCAGUAAUUAAUAUUAAUAAGUCUUAUUUGUAGAAUCAUGCCCGCCCCCCUCCGCCCCAUCCUGACAACACACAGCAUCAUGGGAAUGCUCUGUAACCAUGGUUACAGGCAGUGAAAUACUGACGGAGAGAGACGAAUAAACAGUUUGAGCCUCACUUUGUGUCCCGUGUCAGUGAAAUAAAACAUGAUGUUCACCUGACCACAGCGUGUUUAACGUGCUCGUGUUUAUUCAAUAAAAACCUUCAAACAUGGA